AUGGCAAACAAGUCUAGUGAUCAUCCACAAGUUGUAAUUACUCCCAACUUCGAUGCCUCCUUCAGCUUUCCACCUGUUGAUGAAUUCCCAAAGGAAGCAUUGUUAGUCCCCAUUUUAGGCCAAUUUUUCAAACAAGGCAAGUGUGCUCUUAGGAGGUUUGUGUUUGAUGCAUCUGCAAUAGCUCGACUCAAGGCCAUGGCAACCAGCUCCGGUGUGAAAAACCUGUCGCGAGUAGAGGUUGUGAGUGCCCUCCUUUGCAAAAGCACCAUGAAGGUAAAAGCUGGCAUUCGGAGGUCAAUCUUGACAAUACAUCCGGUGAACAUGCGUCGAAGGGCUGUCCCUGCAAUCUUAGAGUCAGUAGUUGGAAAUUUUGUUUGGCUUGCAGCUGCUGCGGUGUCAGCAGACGAGGACUUGGAGUGGAGUAGUUUACUGGGAAAGAUGAGGGAAGCAAUAUUGAAAAUAGACAGUGAUCUUGUGAAGAGUCUACAAGAGGGUGAAAACUUGUUUAAGCUUGUAAAUGAGAUAGGUGGAGCAGCUGCUGCUGGAUUUGAAACUGUUAUAUUUGCCUGUUGGUGUAAUUUUGGUCUCUACAAAGUUGAUUUUGGAUGGGAAAAUCCUUGGUGGGUAACUAAUCUUCCAGGUUAUGAGUUAUUCAAUUCAGGAUACACGACUAUGCACUCUCUUAUGGAUACAAGAGACAAUGGAGUAGAAGCAUGGGCGUAUAUGGAUGAAGAAGAAAUGUCUAUUCUAGAAAAUGAGAAGGAGCUCCUUGAUUUUGCUUCUGUGGAUCCAAGUCCUUUGAGUCUAGCAAAUUGUGAUCCUCAUCCCUGA